AUGCGUUUUAUGCGACACCUUGGGAAUGUCCUGUGGCACCGGGCAUCCCUUCGGGUUGACCAAGCCUGCAGCCCCAUUGCCAUUAACGCCAGAAACUAUUCCACCAAUAUUGCUGCGCCUUCCGAUGCGGAUAUAGACUCGGCUCGCAAGUACUGCGUGAACCAGCUGAAGCAUGGAGACUAUGAGGCAUAUCUUAUCCGGCAUUUCUUGCCCCCGCCGGCCCAGGAUGCUUAUGAUGCGCUCCGAACUUUGAACCUCGAGCUCUCCCGCAUGCCGGAGGCUGUGUCCAAUCCAACCCUCGGCCGCAUGAGAAUGCAGUUUUGGCGGGAUGCCAUCAGCAACACAUUUGAUGGGAGACCCCCGAGAGAACCCAUCUCUGUGUUGCUGCACAGAUCCAUUACCAAGCUCAAAGAACGAGCUGGUCCCGGCAGUGUGGGUUCGCUCAAAUUUUGGCUCCUACGCUUUCUCAGCACACGGGAGCAGCAUUUGGACAACAGGCCUUUUGCCAACCUGAACGCCCUGGAGGAGUACGCUGAAAAUACCUAUGCCACACUCAUGUACCUAACACUGGCCUCCAUCCCCAUCCAAUCAGUACACAUGGACCAUCUGUCAAGUCACAUCGGCAAGGCUUGCGGAAUAGUCGCCAUCUUACGCAGUAUUCCGGUUCUCACCAUGCCGCCGAGGCCUGUUGAAAAUCCUUCGGGCUCUCUUGUGGGCAGCUCGCGCCCGCCCGCACUGCUACUCCCGCUCGACGUCAUGGCAAAAGUUGGCUUGAAAGAAGAGGAUGUCUUUCGCCAAGGUCCACAUGCCGAAGGCCUGCAAGAUGCCGUUUAUCAGGUUGCUACGAGGGCAAAUGACCAUCUUAUAACCGUUCGAGAAAUGUUGAAAAACCUGCAAUCUGGCCAGGGCCCUGGACAUAAUUACGAGCACCAGCACGAGGCUGAACAUGUCCAUACAAGUCCUGCGCAGGAUACUCAGGACAUAGCGGUGGAGAUACGACGCGGAUUUGGUGUUCUUCUCGAAGCCAUCACUGCCCAUAGUUACCUCAAGUCUUUGGAGGGCUCGAAUUUUGACCCAUGGAGGGUAAAGCGCAGUUGGAGACUACCAUGGAGUCUCUGGAAAGCGGCAAAGCGCCGCUCCGCUGCGUUGGCGAGAGAGCCUGGCAUGACGUUGGACUGGGGUCUCUGA